AUGUCCGGCGUGAAGGAUUUUUCUUGCAUCGGAGGUCUGGAAAAGCACAUCAGAGUUGUAAAGGAAACGGUUCUGUUCCCGCUUUUGUACGGUGACGUUUAUGCGAAAUUCAACCUGAAACCACCGAGGGGGUUGCUCUUUUAUGGACCUCCUGGUACGGGGAAGACGCUUGUAGCCAGCGCUUUGGCCGCAGAAUGCAGCAAUUCCGAACGUAAGGUUUCCUUCAUAUCCCGUAAGGGCUCCGAUUGCCUCAGUAAAUGGGUCGGAGAGAGCGAAAAGAAAUUGCAGAAAAUCUUUUCUCUGGCUCAACAAUCGAAGCCUUGCAUCAUCUUCUUCGACGAAGUGGAUGGAUUAGCACCUGUGAGAUCCAGUCGACAGGAUUUUGUGCACGCCAGCAUCGUCUCCACUCUGUUGGCCUUGAUGGACGGCUUGGAGAACAAUUCGGAAAUCAUAGUGAUCGGGGCAACGAACAGAGUCGAUGCUAUAGAUCCCGCCUUGAGGAGAUCCGGUCGAUUCGACAGGGAAUUGUAUUUUCCUCUGCCGUGUUACAACGCGAGAAAGGAAAUACUCUCGGUACACAUAAAAAGUUGGAGAAACAAACCGCCGCAGAAGUUUCUGGCUUAUCUGGCGUCGAAAACGAUCGGAUUCUGCGGCAGCGAUCUGCAAGCGCUCUGCGCAGAGGCGGUUAUGUGCUGCGUUCGACGGAACUAUCCGGAAAUAUAUACGUCGAAGACAAAAUAUCAGAUCAACGAACGCCAUCUUAAAAUCGAGAAACAAGAUUUCGUGAGGGCUCAGCAGAAUAUCGUGCCAGCGUCUCAUCGUGUUUCGGUUGUGCCUGUGAAGUCUUUGUCAUUUAAGAUACAGUCUCUGCUUCAAGAUAAUUUGUCGCAUAUACUGGCUCAACUCGAGAGCCUGUGCCCAACAGGAAUGUUAAUUUGCGACGUCAUAACGGGGAAGGCAGCGUCCAGAUCGACCAGCUGUCCGAGAAUUUUAUUAUGUGGUGACGAUGAUUCCCAUACUCGUCACCUGGGGCCAGCGUUGCUUCACACGUUCGAACACCUACCUUGUCACGUAUUGGACGUUACGACUUUGUUCGAGGAAACUGGUAAAGCAGCGGAAGAAGCCAUCAUUCAAAAAAUGAAAAUGGCUCGGAGAAGUUUACCAUCGUUGCUCUACGUUCCUGAUAUUUUAUCUUGGUGGGAAUUAGUGGACGAGGCGGCACGCGUUGUUUUUACAUCUCUGAUGCAGGGUUUAGACCGUUCGGUAUAUAUGUUAAUUCUGGCCACAGCCAAUUGUCCACGAGAUGAUCUACCAACGGAUGUCGCGUGCUUGUUCGACGAUCAUCAGGGCGAAGUGUUCGAAGUCAUGCCCCCUGAGAAGCAGGAGCGUGAAUCAUUCUUCAAGCAGCUAUUCACUACCACAGAAUCUGACAUUGAAUCGAAUCAAUCUUCACAAGUGGACUUCGUUCAAAUUGAAACAAGUCCAAAGAAGACCAAAGAAGGAGGCAGGAAGCGAAGAUCAACAAGGAAAACAAAUUCCGCGGAAAAUUCUACAACGCAAAUCGCUGUUAAAAGGAAAAUUAGCGCGUCUGGCGAGGGGCCAUCGUCGAAGAAGAUGAAGAAUACAUCCGUGGGAAGCUUGUCCGCGUCCAGCACCGAAAAACUGACCGAUCCUCGCACGGAACAGCUGCUUGAGAAGAUCAUUGAGAUCACGGAAGCAUGGCCGUGCCACGAUUUGGAAACCCUCUACGCUUCCCUCGAAUUAACAUUGGAAAGAAGCGGGGAAGACACGUGCACAGCGAUGGAGGAAUGUCUCGAACAUUUUCUGGAAUUUAGGAGAAUCAAAGUGCACGUGAAGAGGGAGGAAAAUUGA